AUGAUUAGUUUAAAUCAUGGAUUAAUUAUUAAUCAUGGCAUAGAAGCUAUAAAACAAAAUGUUGAAAGCGAAUUUCCAAACAAUCGAUGUGUGUUAAAAAGACAAACUGCUAUUGAUAUUGCAAAUGCUUUACAGCUUGUUGAAGAUGAAUAUGAUCAUUCUGUUACAGCUUCCAUGAAUAAUGAUAAUAAAGUUAAAAAUAUACCCAACAUCCACUACUUAAAGUACAUUCAUAAAUCUAUGACAAAACAACUAUCGACAAGUGAAACAGAUUGUUUUGUAGAUAAAAAUAUUGUCUGUAAAUCCACUGAUAUACGUUUAGUUGAAGAAGCUUUGACAAAUCAUUUCAAUAAAACUAAUUAUUGCUUAAAAACACCACUACAAAAAGAACCAAUCAACUUUGUAAACACAGGUUUAAAAUUUCUCAAACAGCUCAUGGGAACACAGUAA